AUGGCUCCUACCCUUGCCACAGCAUUUCGCCCGCGUGGUGGAUGGCGGGUGACGGCCAUCACUGAGAACCUCCUCUUCUCUGCUGUGCUGCUCGGCUGGGGCUCUCUGCUCAUCAUGCUGAAAUCUGAGGGUUUCUACUCCUACCUCUGCGCAGAACACGGCAACAGCUCGGCCUUUAACGUCUCCCUGCAGCCGCGGGCCCCAUCGGGGGGCGAGGAAGACUACCAGUAUGAGGACUACCAAGCCGUGUCACACGGUGACGGUGUGGAGGUGGUGCCCCUAAAGCCGGCGGAAGAGCAGAUGCGGAUGAACGGCUGGCUGAUCUGCAAGGAGCAGGAUGAGAUGCUGAACCUGGCGUUCACCGUGGGCUCCUUCCUCCUCAGUGCCAUCGCCUUGCCCCUUGGCAUCGUCAUGGACAAGUAUGGUCCUCGCAAGCUGCGUCUCACCGGCAGUGCCUGCUUUGGUUUGUCAUGCCUGCUUAUUGCCUAUGGAGCCAGCAACCCUAACGAACUGUCUGUUCUAAUCUUUAUCGCCCUGAUCUUUAAUGGCUUUGGAGGAAUGUGCAUGACCUUCACAUCACUUACGCUGCCAAACAUGUUCGGAGACCUGCGCGCAACUUUCAUUUCCCUCAUGAUCGGCUCCUACGCGUCCUCCGCUGUCACGUUCCCUGGAGUCAAGGUGAUUUAUGACCUGGGAAUGACCUUCAUCACUAUCCUCGUGAUUUGGGCAGCAUGUGCUGGCCUUGUUUUCCUCAACUGCUUCCUCAACUGGCCCCUGGAGGCCUUCCCUGGCCCUGAGGACAUGGACUAUACAGUGAAGAUCAAGUUCAGCUGGUUGGGCUUCGAUCACAAGAUCACAGGGAAGCAGUUCUACAAACAGGUGACGAUGGUAGGCAAGCGGCUAAGCGUGGAUAACUCCAUCAAGCAGAAGGACCUGACCAUCAGCGAGCGUAACAACAUCUGCCUGUCCACCACGGACCUGGAGGUGCAGUGCGAACCGAAAGAAGAAUCUCAGUCCUUCCUGAAGAGCAUCUCCAGCCCUCUCUUCCUGCUCAGCCUUGUCACCAUGUGCGUCACGCAGCUCCGCCUCAUCUUCUACAUGGGAGCCAUGAACAGCAUCCUGGAGUCCAUGAGCGGCGGCGACCUUAACACAGUGAGUCUGUACUCCUCUAUUUUUGGAGUCAUGCAGCUGCUGUGUCUGCUCACCACUCCGGUGAUUGGCCAAAUCAUGGACUGGAAACUGAAGGACUGUGAUGAUGGCGAGCUUGAUAUUAAAAAUGACACCAAGGACCAGCCCCAGCGAAGAGACAGACAAAUCCAAAAGAUAACCAACGCCACAAGAGCCUUCUUCCUCACCAAUCUCAUGCUUGUUGGCUUCGGUGUUACCUGCCUCGUUCCUGUCCUCCAGCUACAGCUACUCUCCUUCGUCCUGCAUACCAUAGUCAGAGGGUUCAUCCACUCAGCUGUUGGAGGACUUUAUGCUGCUGUUUACCCAUCGUGCCAGUUCGGGAGCCUGACGGGGAUGCAGUCACUGAUUAGUGCCAUCUUUGCCCUGUUCCAGCAGCCUCUCUUUAUGGCCAUGAUGGGGCCUCUUGAGGGAGAUCCGCUCUGGGUGGAUGUGGGUCUCCUGGCUGUCAGCAUGCUGGGGUUCCUGCUGCCUCUCUACCUGAUUUGCUUCCGCAGAACUCUCCAUAGCAGGAGAAAGGCGAAGGAAAACGAUGCUAAGAUCUACCUCAGAAUCAAUGGCACCGACAAACAUGAGGCUUUCGUCUAAAGCCAGGCCUGGUGUACACAGGGAAAGACAGAAAACUGAGAUUUUAUAAUCACAUACACAAUAUAUACACACACAACACAUACACACACAACAAAUUCACACACACACACACACACACACACACACGCACG